AUGCCUCUCAUAUCUCACCAUGUCGCCUCCAAAGUCUCAUUUAGAAGAGAGAAAGCUGCCAGUACUCCAGAAAGGCUGUCUCAUCUGCAGAGCAAAAACAUCAAGACUUGAGAGAGAGAGAGAGAGAGAGAGAGAGAUGGGGAGGGCUCCAUGCUGUGACAAGGCAAAUGUGAAGAGAGGUCCAUGGUCGCCAGAGGAAGAUGCUAAACUUAGAGACUACAUAGAGAAGAAUGGCACUGGUGGAAAUUGGAUCGCUCUUCCUCAGAAAGCUGAUCUCAAGAGAUGUGGAAAGAGCUGUAGGCUGAGAUGGCUUAAUUAUCUCAGGCCCAACAUUAAACAUGGUGAAUUUUCCAUUGAGGAGGACAGAGUUAUUUGCACCCUUUAUGCUACCAUUGGGAGCAGGUGGUCAAUAAUAGCUGCUCAGCUACCGGGCAGAACAGACAAUGACAUCAAGAACUACUGGAACACCAAGCUCAAGAAAAAGCUCAUGAGCGUGAUUCCUCAAUUCAACCAGAGAAAAGCCCCACCACCAUUCCCAGAUUCAUACCAGAACUCCCCACUAUCUUUAUCUUCUCAAAUGCUUCCACCAUUGUCCUUAGACAGCAGUUCCCAGUACUAUGCUUGCGGUCUAAACAAGCAAUUCGCAAGUCAUGAAUUCGCCUCUUUGCCACAGUAUCUCUCGACAAAUGACAACAAUUCCUUGGGAAACCCAAACAAUUGCUCAUCUUUUCAAGCCCCGGAAGGUUAUUAUAGUCCACUGAAAGAGAGUAACAACUUCAUGUUUGGGGGUGAAGGAAGUUGCAGUUGUUCUGAUGGUAGCAGCGGUGGUCAGAUUGGCCAAACAAGAGAGAUCAUCAAGCAAGAAGAAAUGGGGUUUCAGGAUUAUAGUAUCUAUAGUGACUAUGCCUACCAAUGUGUCGAAAAGACGAAUGGCUAUUUUGGCGAAAAUAUUGCCGAGAGCUAUGAUUUGGAAGAUGUCAAGAAACUGAUGGGCAGUACUAGUUUAAGCUGCAACGGUUCCAUCUUAGAUGAAAACAAGGAAGAACUGAAGCUCAUGCCAAUGUACUAUUUCUGAUUCGCUGACUAUAAAUAAGAUCAUAUAUAUUUAGAAAUAUCUAUUGUAGAAAGAUCGGGUCCAAUUCAA